AUGUUCCGGGGCCGCCGCGCCUGGUUUUCGCAGAGUGUCAGCCCGGGCCCGCGGGAGCUGUGGGUGGCCGGUGGCGGGGUGGUCACCCACUGGCGGGACGCUGACUACCUCUUCAGCAGCGACGCUGCCCACCCGGACACCCGCAGAAUACAUGAGAGCCUCGAUUACUUGGAGGGCAGAGCUGCAGUCUUUCACUCCCGUUACCUCUCUGCAUGGGCGAGCACCGACGUGGGAGCGAAGCUGUCUGUGGUUCUGGGCCACUUUGUCCUGCCACCUGCUUGCCUGCAAGAAGAAAUCAGAAGGAAAAUUGGUAGUUUUAUUUGGGAGCAGGCAGAUGAUUCACUUGCGGAACAGCCCAAUGAAAAACUGACAGAUGAACCGGAGGCAGUGAGAAAAGGCUGUGAGGAAGAAGCAGAGGAGGAUGUGCUAGACCUGGCCAAAAGUGAAGAAGAAACAGGCUCCAGAGCACCGGCCAAGGGAGAAUUUCCAUACCAUGCCCUCCAGGAAUACCCGAUGAAUAACAUGGUGACAGGUUACACCUCUGCUUGCGACAUGAAGAAAUAUGUCGGAGAGCUCUGUGAUUUCAUUCCUGGCACCUCAGGCUACGCGGUGUAUUGGAUUCAGAACGAAGUUAACAUUUACUCUGAUGUGAAGACUAAAACGAAGAGAAAAUUUAAGUAA